GAUGUUAAACCGUGACCACCGACUGUCGUUCCCGCACAAAAGCGGGAGCUAGCGCACCAUUGCUGCAGCCUGCACCACAAUAGAAUCGACCUCAUCGAACAAUCAGAACUUCGACGACUACCCAUCAUCAACACCCCCAAGCCGCCACAAUGAACGUCGAUAAUCUCAUAACGGACCAGAAACUUAAUGUCAUUCUACAAACUUCGCACCAGGCCUGCGACCAGGCGCACGCGCUUGUUGACCUGAUCGAUCAAAACACUUCGGAUACGCUCUCCGCGACGCAAAAGGCGGAAAUAUCGAAACAGCAAUCGCUGCUCCUCGCCACGGUCGCGCAGCUGAGGGGCCUCAAUCGACAUGCGAACCUGGCAGCAAGAGAUACCAAGGCUGUGACGCUCGAGGCGCGCCAAACGGUGGAUAAGCUGCACCUUCAGCUGCAGAACCUCUAUUACGAGCAAAACCAUCUACAGGAUGAGAUUGCCGCAUGCGAAAGCUACGAUCACAAGUACCGCCAACUACCGCUGAUGCCGGUGGACGAAUUCCUCGCACAAUAUCCCGACCAGGCCACAGACGACGAGAAUGCUCUGCUCUUUGCACGGAUAGAUCACGAACGCGUCGAAAGAGAGACGCUUGAGAACCAGCGACAGGAGCUGCUCAAGAGGAAGCAGAAACUCAUUGCGGACAACAAGCGGCGGAAGGAGGAUCUGGCCAACCUAGACAACGAUUUGGAGAAGUUCAUUGACGCUGCGAAACCCAUCCAGAAGCUGUUCGAGAAGGAGGCCUGAAGCACGCAGAGGGGAAAGGUGUGUUAAACGUGGCUGUGGCAGGAAGCCAAAGACUUCAUGUCGCUAUCGACACUCAUAUCAGGGCGAUAUUACUUGUCACUUUGGAGCUCGCAUUGUUGUGCUUCGUGCAGUACACGUACGGAUGGGCAUAUCGCACAGCGCACGAUCCGGAUGCUCAGCA